AUGCAGUUCUCUAGGAAUCGGCUUCUGAAGUUAAAUCCCAGACUAACGGGAGAUAGGAAGAGUGAAAAUUACCCAUUCAGCCUACAGUUUUACCAGGUUCCACCUACGGAAAAUAUUUCCCUUUCAGAGUUUGAAACCUUUGCUAUUGAAAGACUUAAAAUUCUGAAAUCCAUAGAGAACCUUGGUGUUAGUUAUUUGAAAGGCUCACUCGAUUACAAUAGCAAGCUGGAAAAUGAACUUAAAAGACUUAAGUUUCCAUACAGACCUCCACAGAUUGACAUCAGUGAUGACGUUUAUGACCAACGGAGAAAAGAUCAUAUAUCGCAUUUUAUUCUACGCCUUGCAUAUUGUCAGUCUGAAGACCUAAGACGGUGGUUUAUUCAGCAAGAAAUGGACCUCUUUAAAUUCCGCUUCAAUCAGUUAUCAAAGGAUAAGGUCCAAGAAUUUCUCCAGUACAGUGGUCUGGAAUAUCUUGCUAUUAGCGGGGAAGAGAAAAAGCAGCAUCAAGAUGAUCUGAUAAGUUCCACUUAUGGAUUAAGCUCAACUAAACUAGAAGAGUUUGAGUUUUACAAGGUUCGUUUCCAGGAUGCUCUUGAUUUAGUGCGGCCAAGAAAAGUGUUCCUCUUACAGGGAUUUGCAUAUAUUCCACAUACAGAGAUUCUAACCCUUAUCCUUAAUGACUUCAGAACAAGAUUAUCUAAAGCACUGGCUUUGUCAGCUCGAUCUCUUCCAGUAGUGCAAUCAGAUGAAAGACUGCAGCCUCUGCUUAGUCACCUCAGCCAUUCUUACAUUGGUCAAGAUUUCAGUUCACAAAGAAACACUGGUAAAAUUUCACUUGACCAAAUUGAUGCGCUUUCUGCAAAGUCAUUUCCACUCUGUAUGCGUCAACUUCACAAGUCUUUGAGAGAGCACCAUCAUCUUCGUCAUGGAGGCCGCGCAUGCAGUAUGGCCUUUUCCUUAAGGGUAUUGGUUUAACACUGGAGCAGGCCCUCCAGUUCUGGAAGCUGGAAUUUACAAAGGGAAAAAUUGACUCUGAAAAGUUUGACAAAGGGUAUGCUUACAGCAUUCGCCACAGCUAUGGAAAGGAAGGAAAGAGAACAGACUACACACCAUACAGUUGUAUGAAGAUCAUUGUGUCAAACCCACCAAGUCAGGGGGAUUAUCACGGUUGUCCUUUUCGGCACAGUGACCCUGAGUUGCUGAAGCAGAAGUUGCAGUCUUUCAAAGUUCCUUCUGCAGGAAUAAAUCAAAUAUUGGACCUUGUUAAAGGUAUGCAUUACCAGCUGGCAUGCCAGAAAUAUUUUGAGCUGACACACAAUGUUGACGACUGUGGCUUUUCACUGAACCAUCCUAAUCAAUACUUUAUAGAAAGUCAGAAGCUUCUUACUGGUGGUGGUCAGGAGAUCAAGAAAGAGCAAGCAUCUGUGGAAAGUUCUCAAGCAAACCCUCAAAGUCAGAUGACGUCCAGUUCAUCCAGUGCACUCAUGAGCACACAGUCUGAUGACGUGGAAGAUCUAGAACAGUUUUUUAAUGAAUACUAA